AUGGCCGACAACAACGCCAUGGAGGUGUCGCAGCCCAUAGCUACACAGCAAGAUGUCGAACCCUCGCCCGGACCCGCGGCGUUUCGCUUCUGGAAAGCGAUCAGAGCAAAGCAAGAAACACUGGAUCUCUUCUUGGGACAUAUCUUCGCUCUCAAACCACACGAGGGCGACGUCAUCAGGCCUUACUACCAACAAGGGAAGCUGGCCGGCUAUAUCAGAACGGGCUCUGCGAACUUGGUCGAGCAAGACAACGUGGACCUGCGCGCCAUGCGGGUCAACAAGGAGUUCCGCGACGCCGGCAGCAGGUUGGUCUACGGCCGCUACAUCUUCCAUUUCAAGGACGCGGAGAACUGCCGGUGGUGGACGACGCACAUCGGCAGCCAGAACUUCCACAACCUCCGCAUGCUGUGCGUCAGCAUGAGGUCCGGGUGGGAUCUCGACUGCGAGAUCAUCUCCACGCUAGAUCUCUGCCACGAGGAACAGUGGCAGCGGUUCUUCUCGUGGCUGCGGCACCGCCACCGGCUGGACGGCCUCAUCCUCGACUUCUCCAACUGGGACGUGGUCCAGGCGUCCCGGCGGCUGACCGAGGAGCGGCAGGCGGAGGUCCUGGAGUGGCGCGAGGCGCUGCUCAACAAGCUCUCCGAGCUGCGCGGAUUUACGCAAGUCAGCAUCGUCGACCCCUUCGAGGUCGCCAUCGCCGCCGCGGAGAAGGACGGCUGGAGCGCGACGCUGACCCAGGCCCGAGAGCCCCCGCCGCCCGUCCACACGACGCCGACGCCGCUCGCUCAGGUGUUGGAACAUCUCAGAGGGAUGAGGAGACAGCGGGAGCUGCGUGAACGGCUGGAACGGAAGAAUGAACGGCGGGACAGGAGGAAGCAGAAAAGGCGGGCGAGGGCCAAUGCUGAGGCUGAGGCUGACGCCAAUGACGGCGCGGAGUAG